AUGAGUUCAAUAAACCAACAAUGCCUAAGAAUAUCUCUGCUGAAAGUCGCCAUUAAAAUUACCGACACAACUAAAAUAUCGCAAAACUACAUUCUAAAAAAUUUGACUAGAGAAGCGAAACUUCUUUCCAUGUUAGACCAUCCGAAUAUCGUCAAGCUGUAUGAGACGAUUCAGUGUGGCACGAACUACUAUUUGGUAACUGAACUCGCAACCGGCGGCGAUCUCUGCUCCCAUGUGCAAAAUCAACCCGGUGGACGACUUGAUGAGAAAAGCGCCAAGUCCUAUACGAGGCAGCUAGCAACGGCUCUUCACUACAUGCACUCCAGGGACAUCAUCCACCGUCGAAUGAAAGUUGAAUGA